CAGUUUUGCCAGAUGUCUGCUAUCAAAGUGUUGAAUCCCAAAGCGGAGAUUGCUCGUGCUGCUCAAGCGCUCUCGGUGAACAUAAAUGCUGCGAGAGGUUUGCAAGAUGUGUUGAGGACUAAUUUGGGGCCGAAAGGAACAAUGAAGAUGUUGGUUUCGGGAGCAGGAGACAUUAAGAUCACCAAGGAUGGAAAUGUUCUGCUGCACGAAAUGCAAAUCCAACACCCUACUGCAUCGCUUGUUGCAAGAGUAGCCACCGCUCAAGACGACGUGACAGGCGACGGGACAACCUCUAAUGUGUUGAUCAUCGGAGAGCUGAUCAAGCAAGCAGAGCUGUACGUUUCCGAGGGACUGCAUCCUAGACUGUUGACCGAGGGAUUCACUCUGGCCAAGGAGAAGGCACUGACUCUUCUGGAAGACAUGAAGUGUCUGAGUGGGAAGAUAGACAGAGAGACACUGUGCAAUGUGGCCAGGACAUCUCUGAGAACUAAAGUGCACCCAGUGAUGGCCGAUCUGCUGACGGAGAAGAUAGUGGACGCUGUGCUGGCCAUCAAAGUGGAGGGCAAGCCGCUGGAUCUGCACAUGAUAGAGAUCAUGGAGAUGAUGCAUAAGUUAGAUGUGGACACUCAGCUGGUGCGUGGCAUCGUCAUGGACCACGGAGCCAGACACCCGAACAUGCCGAAGAAGGCAGAGGACUGUGCCAUUCUGACGUGCAAUGUGUCGCUUGAGUAUGAGAAGACGGAGGUGAACUCGUCCUUCUUCUACAAAUCGGCGGAGGAAAGGGAGAAGCUGGUGGCCGCAGAGAGGAGUGUGAUUGACCACCGCGUGAAGCAGGUGAUUGCGCUGAAGAAGGAAGUGUGUGGGGAUGACCCGAAGAAGGGCUUCCUGCUCAUCAACCAGAAGGGCAUCGACCCCCUCUCGCUGGACGCCCUGGCCAGAGAGAACAUCAUUGGACUGAGGCGGGCCAAGAGGAGGAAUAUGGAGAGGAUCAGUCUGGCGUGUGGGGGAGAGGCCGUGAACAGUUUCGACGACCUCACCCCUCAAGUACUAGGUCAUUGUGGACUGGCGUACGAGAGUGUGUUGGGGGAGGACAAGUUCACAUUUGUGGAGAAGUGCAAGAACCCCCAGAGUGUCACCCUCCUCAUCAAGGGACCCAACAGACACACACUCACACAGAUCAAAGAUGCAGUGCACGAUGGUCUGCGUGCAGUGAAGAAUGCCAUACAGGAUGACUGUGUGUUGCCAGGGGCAGGUGCAUUCGAAGUGUACGCCAGUCAGAAACUGCUUCAGUACAAGGCGGAGGUGCAGGGGCGUGCCAAACUGGGCAUUCAGGCAUUCGCAGACGCCCUCCUCAUCAUCCCCAAAGUGCUGGCCCAGAAUGCGGGACUGGAUGCGCAGGAGUCCAUCGUCACACUAAUCGACAGUCUACAGCAGCACAAGAGUGGGUGUGGUAAGUGGGUGGGGUUGGAUCUGAAGAGUGGGGCUAGUAUGGACCCGGUGGAGGGGGGAGUGCUGGACAACUAUUGUGUGAAGAGACAACUCAUUCACUCCUCCACUGUGAUAGCCUCCAAUCUACUCUUAGUGGAUGAAGUCAUGAAGGCCGGCAUGUCUUCUCUCAAGGGAUAGGCACACACACACACAUGUACUAGACUUAAACAUACAGACACAGUGACACACGCAUGAGAAAAUACAGAAGAUGGAGAAGCUAUCUACCCAUCAGAGAACAUGGGAGCAACUUUUACAAAGUGAAGUUUAAGGCAGACGAAAACAGCAAUCGGUCAAAAUGGAACUAUUUAAGUGCAAAUAUUGGAUGAUGUUUACAGUGGAUGAAUGCAACUGAGAGAAUAGAAAUAACAACUAAGAACUGGUGAUUGAAGUUGUUUAUGUUGAACAGUUCACUUCGGGUGAUUAUUGGAAAAGAAAGCAUUAAUCAUUGUCAUCAAUACUGAAUUGAAUUCGGAUUACUAGCAAUUACACAUCUCUAAAUUCAAGUGUUCUUUUCUGAUUUUAACUGCUUGCCAACUUUGAAAAUAUUUGAUAUCUGAUAAUUUUUGGGCUACAUAAAAAAAGACCUCAUUUUGCGUGCUAUAAUGUAACUGACGUAUGUGUCUAUGUAGUAAGUAUCUGUUGUUUUGUUUGUCUACUUGAAAUAUAUGAAAAUGAACUGAAGCUAACUUGUAAAUGACAAAUAGUUUUUUUGCCAUGUAUGCCCUAUCUUAUCUUUUUGUUAUGAUUGAUAAUUGAACAUGAGCUGCUGCAAAUUUA